AUGCCUUUUAAGCAAGUAACUCAGUCUAAUAGAAUCGUUAAGCGCGGCCGAGGCCGUCUAAGAAAUUCUUUGUCCGCUUUAACUAUCGCUACUGCUGUAGCUGCGGCGGCGGCGGCGGUUAUACCUCGCAUUCUUACUUUCGAGCCUCGCACUUCCACUUUCGAAGCUUCGCUCUUUCUUUUAAACCCUUUUAUUAAGCGCCUGCUUAUGCUAACGACCGUCAAAGCCUUAAAGUGCAUCAAGUGCAUCAAUAAUAAGAUUAUAUCGAAGUCUAAUAAAAACUGUUAUAAUUGCGAUACGAGCGUUAUACGCUGUCUUCGAUAUGCUAAAGGUAGCUAUAGCAACUGCACCGUUGCUUUUGCCGCUGCUAACACCGCUUUCGAUAACUUCAGUCUCCGAAAUGCUAUACGACAACAGUUCGCUUUAGAUGCUGCUCUUUUAAAAGGUGCUGCUAAUAGUUUAAGCGGUCUAGCGAAUGAAACAGCCCUUGCGCUUGCGCUAGCCGCCUUUAUUGCUUUCGUCGCUCUCGCUGCUUUCGUCGCACUUAUUAUCGUCGCUUUCUUUACGUUAGUUAUUACGCUUACCGCUCUUGCGGCGGCGCUCGCUAUUGCUAUAACUCUUGCGGAGCGCUAA